CUGAUAUCCAACGGAUGAGGCAAGAUAUCAAAAGGAAAUAUUCAAACUCCGACACACUCCACCGUCAGACAUGGUGGUUAUCACCUCCAUCACCACCACAACCAACACCAGUCUCACACAUAUCUACACCCUAACCUGCAACCCUUCAACAACCUCUCUUCGUUACUUCCGCCACCUCCCCAAAACAGCGAACUCCACCAUUUCCAGAUCAUCCAAUGGAGUCGUGGUUAUUAAGUCUUACAUGGAAGACUCCAACACCAUCUCCGGCUUCGCCAACAAAGUCAUCGGCGCCUUGCCUGUAAUCGGCCUCGUCGCCAGAAUUCUAACUGACACCGGUGGCGUCGGCGGCGAUUUCAUUGAUUUCGCCGAGUUUCGGAGAAGAGUCGGGAGGAAUGCUUCCGUGAAUGAUUCUAGAGCUUUCAUCGAUUUCCAGGAUCGAAGAGGAAAGGCAGGGGAUCCUCUAUACGUGUUGAUGUGCUGUUGGCUAGCUGCAUUAGGAGCAGGAUUGCUAAAAUCUGAAGAAAUUCUCGAAGGAGUUACGAGACUUCGGAUCUCGAACGACAUUGAAUUCGAAGAAGAAACUUUCAUCGCGAUGAUGAAUGAAGCAAGAGAGAGAAGAUUGAAGUCAAAAGUACCUGCACCGACGAUUCCAAUGGAGGCGAGAGCUGAGAAGGCGUUGGAUGCGAUAUACGUGUGUUGUUUUGGAAGAGAUGUGAUUGAUGAAGAAGAUGAGAGGCAAUUGCGUAUAAUGUUGAAAGUAGUUUUUCCUUCUGUUGGACAAAAUGAGAUCGAUAGGAUUGUGAAGGCGAAGGCUAAAAAAGUAGCGGAAGGAGGGGAAGAAGACAGGUUCCCGGAGCCGAAGCCGUUGUCUAAAGAAGCUGUGCAGCUGCAAAUGAAAGAUCUCCAGUUUCUCCAACAAAAUAACGAUAGUUAAAUUUGUAGUUUCGUUUACGUUAUGGCACAGAUCUGAGUUAUAUAUAUGAGUAAUUAUUUUUGUGACU